AUGGUCUUGCGAGUGUCGUAUGUUUUGGUGGUUCUAACCAUUCUUUCCAUGGAUCAUAGGAUCUCUCAAGCCACAUCCCGUGUUGCCUUUCAGAAGCUAUCCAUUGCUGAUUACUUCGAACAAUGGAUGAUCCAGUUCUCUCGAGUUUACAUCAAUUCACUCGAGAAACAGAUGAGGCUGGAAGUGUUCAAGAAAAACUUGGAAUACAUUGAGAACUUCAAUACUAAGGAGAAUAAAAGCUACAAACUUGGUGUCGACGAGUUCACGGAUCGAACUGACGAGGAGUUCCUAGCCACCCACACCGGUCUCAGUGGCAUUAAUGUAAUUUCAUCAUCCGAAGUGGUUGAUGAAUCGAUGUCAUCUUCGAACUGGAACGUCAGUAAUAUCAUUGGAUUCUAUGCCAAGAGCAAAGACUGGAGAUUGGAAGGAGCUGGUUUCUCCGUCUCUGAGGCGAUUUCGUGUCCGAGUCCAGAGCCGGAGAUUUUCUCGAUCAAUUCGUCGUCGGAGUCACUCGUAAACGCUCUCAGUUUAUGUGUUGUUACCACGGCUGAUGGUUUUCAUUAUCGUCAGCCUUGGGUCAUUGGUGUGCAGGAGCAUAACGAACGGCUCACAAGUCGUGUGGAGGAGGUGGAGGCGAUGAUCAAGUGGGUGCCGGAGGUGAAUAAUAAGAUUAAGAGUCUGGAGGCAGAGGUAAAAGCCCUCACUGUGGAGGUUGAUAGGCUCACUGGGAAGGUUUAUAACCUGACCGUGCAGGUGGAUCACUUGGAGAAAUGCUGCUUCGACUGA